GUGUGGACUCACCCAGUCAGUUGACGGCAGGUGUGGAACAGGUGCCGCACCAACGAUGUGUACUGUGGUGGCGAUUCUGGUUGUGUUGUGUCUGGCGAACUCUGCACGAGCCGACGUUACGAAAAAGACAGAGCUAGACGAUGUGGAGGUGUUCCAGAAGAUAGUGCUUCCGCCCUUGCUGACGCCCCGGGACGCCCUAAGGGACGCUCAGAAGGACGAUGUGGAAACGGUCGGGAAGACUCCCGGGAGCGUCCAGCUGGGCAAGUACUCCUGGAACUGGGCGCCGAAGAGGAUCGCGAGGCCAGGGUUCUCGAAUUUGGCCACUGGGUGGUAUGACAGAAGCAACCCCGGAAACGAAGUUCCUACAUGGGAUUUGACGUCAUAUCGGCUGGGACCUCCCGCAAGGCUAGGGCCCAACACACCCAUCCCCCAGGACCUCCAGUCCGCUCCCUACCCUUACAUCUUGAAGCCCGAGCGACUAGCAGCUAUCAGGGCUAACACCUUCUACCCCUUCUACGACCAGGGUGGUGACAGUGGCAUCGGCGACUACCAGAAGGACAUCCAUGCCUCUUCCCCGCAACUCCACAAAAACCUCAACUUCCAACUGCCGUUCUUUGGAUUUCGAUAUAACUACACGAGGAUAUCCAUGCAUGGAGACAUAGAGUUCAGCGACCCCCCAGAACACUUCACCUAUCCACUGAGCUUCCCAGUGGCUGACUGGCCCAAGAAGAAUGACCCAGCCUUUGUCGGCAUAUUCUACAGCAAGUGCAGGAUUGGAUCGAUACGACCUACAGAUGUAGAUCAACGGCAGCCUGGGGUCUACUUCAGGAUGGAGCGUGACUUGCAGGCGCGUCAGGACUGGUAUGGCAUUGAGAUGCGUGAACGUGUCAAGUGGGAUAUACGCCAGGGGGUAGUGGGAGCCCAGGACUUCAGCCCCAAACACAUGGCCAUCAUCACUUGGAAGAAUGUCUCUUUCGCUGGCGGAAUCGAUAACUCCCUGUACAGAACAAAUACUUUCCAAAUGGUGGUGGUAACUGACGAGGUGUUCGGCUACGUCAUGUUCAACUACAGAGACAUCCAGUGGACCACCCACACUGAAGCAGGUGGAGACACCACCGGUGGGGAGGGUGGUACUCCUGCUUUUGUGGGUUUCAACGCAGGCAAUGGCACUCGCAGCUACGAGUACAAACCAUUCUCACAGACCACUGCAGUUCGAGACCUGGUCAGUCGAGGCUGGGGCAACAAUAUGACCGGACGACAUAUCUUCCGCAUUGACGAGAACAUCCUGCCUGGCAGCUGCAACAAGGAUAUUGCUGGAGCCAACCUCAACCUGGUAUUUGCUCCGGAGAGUGCUAACAUGUUGGGUGGCACUGCAAUCAACAUCACCGGUCCUUGCUUCCUCCCAGGCAUGAAGAUCAAGUGCAGGUUUGACACUGAGGGAGUGGAUGGUUACGUGGACGCUACUCUCUUUCCCAACAGGGCUGUGUGUGUGAUGCCCUUCGUCAUGGCUGAGGGCUACAUCCUCCUUGAUAUAUCCAUAGAUGGCGGUGCCUACAACUGGAAGGGCAAGUUCUUUGUUGAGACUCCUGCGACAGCGACGCAGUAUGUGUUCUUCGACACUGAUGCCAUCCAUCAACCUUACCCUGACACCAUCAGCAUGCGUUGGGACUGGAAGAACUUGACCUUGAAUGCCAACAGCUAUGUCAACAUCACACUAUGGGGCUACCGGGAGACUACCAUCCGACCAGAACUCACCAUGAUUGACACUCUAGAGGGAAAUAUUGCAAACUCUGGCCAGUACAUCAUCAUACCAAGCAACUACAAGAACAGGAACAACUACCUGACAAGUGACAUGAGGUUUGGGUUCAUCAAGAUACAACUGAUCACAGAUAGCUCCCAGAACACCAACGGGAUGCCUGUUCUUACACCAGUGUUAUGGAGCAGACCGAUACCCCUAGGCUGGUACUUUGCACCCCAGUGGAGUAACCAGUACGGUAAAAACUGGCCCAGUGCCAUGUGCGACAAGUGGCUCAUGGACGACCGUUACCUCAAGAAUUUUGCGUCAGAGAUCUCACAGUGUCCUUGUACACUGAAUCAGGCCUUGGUGGACAAAGGCAGGUUUAUGCCAGACUUCGACUGUGAUAUUGACCGGAACCCCAAAUGUCUGUACAACAAAGGAGCUAUACACUGUGUCAAGACUGGAUCUCCCAGCCUGGAAGGGUCUGAACAGCAGUGUUGCUACGACAAGAACCACUACCUGAUGUUGUCAUAUGACCAGCAGUGGGGCUCGAGACCUCGCCGCUCCCACAACCUCGGUUACCUGCCUUGGAACGAGGCCAACAAGGUACCGACACUGUCCCAGUGGUUCCAUGACAUGAGUCCGUUCUACUUCUGUUGUCUAUGGCAAGAGGAGCAGGCCGUGGGGUGUGAGACUUACCGUUUCGAGCGUCGGCCCUCCCAGGACUGUGUGGCCUAUCAACCUCCGUAUGUUGCAACUGUAUUCGGUGACCCUCACAUCAUCACAUUUGACGAGCUUGAGUACACAUUUAACGGAAAGGGUGAAUAUGUGUUGGUGCACGUCAACUCUUCCAAGGCCAAGUUCGAUGUCCAGGGGAGGUUCGAGCAACUACCCAACAACUUCUACGGCUCUGUCAACGCCACUCAACUCACUUCUGUAGCAGCACGGGACAACACCUCAGCAGUGAUCGAAGUGCGACUGAGGCCCACUAUCGCGCAGUGGCGCUAUCGGUUAGAUGUGUUCGCGGACAAGCGCAGGGUCUACUUCGACCGUCCGUCUCUCAGGGUGCAACACUUCCCAGGUGUGACCAUCUACCAGCCGUCCUACAUCCUGAACCAGUCCCAGAUAGUGAUCAUGUUCCAGUCUGGAGCUGGUGUGGAGGUGGUGGAGAACAAGGGCUACAUGGCUGCAAGAGUGUACCUGCCUUGGACCUUCAUUGGACAGACAUCUGGAUUGUUUGGAGUGUGGGACUUCAAUGCAGCAGAUGAUCUAACGGACUCCAACAAUAUGUCGUACCCAGUGACCUGGGGGCCUGGCUUUACCAACAAACAGCCCCUCAACUCUUUCCAGUCCGUCUACCAGUUUGCUAACUCCUGGAGGUUGGAGGACAAAGAGGUGAAUACCGUCGGCAGUUCACUGUUUAUCCACGAGUACACUCGCACUGCCAGCUACUAUGCCGACCCCUCCUUCGUGCCGGAUAUGAACUCCGUUCUCACCCAAAUGUACACGACCAACACCCAGAACCAGAACUACGACCCCAGAGCUGCUGAUGCACAAAAAGCCAAGGACCUCUGUGGAGAUUCGUUCCAGUGCCAGUACGAUUACUUCCUGUCUCUCAACCGAGACUUGGCUUUCUACACCCUCAUCUAUCAGUCCAACUUCCUCCAGAUCCGCUCCCAGGUCAAGCAGAGAGUGAUAACGUGUGGAAUCCUGGAGACCCCUAGGUUCGGUAGGAAGAGUAACUUCUUCUUCACUCCUGGCACCAAGGUGACCUUCGAGUGUAACCAGGAUUUUGUGUUGGUGGGAGACCAGAGACGCACCUGUACAGCACAAGGGCAGUGGGAUGUGCCUGUCUACGGCUACACAGAGUGCCUACGGAUGGUGGAGUACGACAUACGAAACAUACUAAAGACUGCAGCUAUAAUCCUGCUGAUUCUGUUACCAUUGUUAAUCGCGCUGUGUUGUUGCCUGAACGUCCUCGUGCGUAAAUGGCGUGGUGAUGGUUCAGCUGCAUCUUGGCGGUAUCUGAACUCCCUCGACAAGCCCCGGCGGCCCUCAGUAUCCAAGGCAGAAAGCACUCCCCUUAGGUCUGCCGCAACCCUUGUAGAUGCCGAUAGUGGUCUUGGGGUCUCUAACCCACCACGGCGGACACAAGCCACCAAUCUGAUGGCCACUGCUCCCCCCGUCAGACCUAAAGAGGACCCCGAUCAUGCCCUAGACGGUGUUUAUUACACCAACGAACCCCUCCCUGGAAAGCCAAACGUAGAUUUUGAAGAUAAAAUUUGGGACUUUGAUGAUGAUGAUGUGUUCAAAAGUAAAUCAAAUAGUUCACUCUCUUCUCCUUUGAGUGGGAGAGACAAAGAGACCCCUACAGAACCCCGAGUCCCACAAUAUGCUCCCAUCAUCAAGCCUGCCAAUACCCCAGCACCCAUCCUCAGGACCCCAAGCCCCCCAGAACUCCCAAAAACCCUCCCUCCAAGUCCCUCCCAGAUACCAAAAGAUUUCCCUCCCGUCAGAAGCCUCACUUUCGCCAACCCUCCACCUCCACCUUCAGUACCCCCACCGCAGUCCCCCACCAGGCGUCUCCCACCACCUCUGAUCCCCACACCCACCAGAAACCCCUCCCAAUCCAGUACUACAUCAUCUGCUAAAACUCCUUCUCCCAUUUCAAGUAAUGCUAGUGCCUCUGUUAACGGAGUUAGAGUCAAUAAAAACAGCAUUUCUACUGCUAUUUAACUAUAUAAUUCUACUUUACAGGAUUUGUAAUUAAUUUUAACCUCAUGUUUAUAGUUUUUAAAGCGUUAUCUCAUUUUAAAUGUUAUAAUUUAAAUAUUUUUAUUUUAAAUAAUAUUGAUUUUCUUAUAUUUUAAAAGUAUUUUUUAAGAAAACUAUUUUUAAUAUACAUUUAUGUUAUUUACUGUUUUAUGUUCAUUAUUAGUACACUCUUUAUAAAUUACAUUAUUAACUAACAUUAAAGCAAGUGUGGUUAAAUGUUUUUUACAAUAUUCGAAAAAGACAUACGGUAUUCACAUUUGAACUAAAAAAAUUCUGUUUUCUCAUUAUGUACCUGAGACACUGCCUGCAUCCCACAGUAUUGAUAUUUUAACAUGUUUAAAUGUUACAUUUGAAUUAUUGUUUGAACACAUUGUUAUUGUUUAAUAUAUAGUUUAUAUUUUUGUUUCUAUUGUUAGUCAAGUUUAGUUGAAUUAGAAUAGAUAUUGGUUUUGUAAUAAAAACCCGUUGUAUGUCCUGUAAAGACAAUUUAAAAUUUUCUAUUCCACAAUGGCGUUUGGCUUUCCUGAAAAUUUGAAAAUAUUCCAAAUUCCUGAAUUGUUCAAUCUAGUUUGAUGAGCAGACCUCAAAGUUUUUAUAUUCCAGUUCAUCCUUGUGGAAUGGAAAAUUUUUCUUGUCUAUUGUUAGCAUGUUUGUAUUUUGCUAAUUAAAAUAAAAUUUUUCAUUCCACAAUG